AUGGCGGACCCAACACAGACCCAAACAUUUAGCUCUGCGGAUCGUAUCCGUCAACUGAAUGAUAUUGACCAGGUACACAAGCUUCCCCGAGCUCGAAAAUGGCAUACUAACCAGGCUGCGGGAUUGAAGGACGUUGCCAAAUUGAUCCAUUCCGCUGGGCUUGGGAUUCAAGCUCUAACGAAUAUGAAACCAGACUCAUCUGCACCCCUCCACAACGGCUCUCUCGAAUCACACAAGACCCAAUUCAAAGAAGCCACUGCACAGUACUUCGCCCUCCUAUCCUCCAUUGACGUGCGUCUCCGACGCCAGGCCCACGCUCUGGAAGAAGCUUCAGUAUUGAGACCUGAAACAAAUUCUCGCACAGGCGAUGCGACCGGCGCAGGUGCGGGUGGAGCUGGAGCUAGCGCUGGAUCGGGCGCCGCCGCCAACCCUCUUGACAUUAGUUGGUUAAACAGUCGGAAGGACACCGUCGGGAAAGAUAAAGAGGCAGAGCUGUGGGCAUCGGCACGGCAGUUUGUUGAGCAAUUGGACGGGUCUUCGGGCUCGCAGCGCUCUGACAAGCCAAGUCGGAAUGCAGAGCAGAUGGAGGUCGAUUAA